CUCGCACACAGCAAACAUACCAAAAUAAAAGGAAUUCAAGUACAUAAGAAUUUCAUAUGUCAAGGAAGAAUUCACUACUGUAGGCAUUCUAAAGGGGUUUUCCUUGGUAGGGAUACCCAAAUGAUCGUUCUACAAGGACACGUCGGAAUGUAACACCCUGAACGAAUAACUCUUAACGACAUCAAGCUAUAACGGAAACGACCAAUUACAUUCAUCCUUUUCAUGAAAAACCGUAAUAUUAAAUGUACAUCAGGUAAAUCGAUGUGAUCGAUAGUUGAAUGUCGGAAAUAUGUAGGUGCCAUUUUUAUGAUAUGUAUGUAAGUCGUAUUAAAUUUUUUCGUAUAAAUCGUAUAAAAUAUAAUAAAUAAACUAUACCUCAUGCGAUUCUUAUUUUGAUAUAUAUACAUAUAUAUAUAUAUAUGUAUAUAUAUAACAGUAAAUAAUAAAACGAUAAAGAUUUCACAAAAAAAAAAAUGAUACGAUAACACGAUUUUCGUGAUAAUUCGUGAUGUUAUCAUGGAUUCGAAUAAGAUUAUCGAGUUGACGAAAUUAAGAGUCGUAAUAUUUUAUGAGAAAUAAAAUAAACGUACAAGGAUGUUUAAGAUUUGCACAAAAAUUGAAAGAAUUUUAAAUGUUUGGAGAUUUUCAAGAUAUCAAAAUGGUGGAUAUGCGGGUAGGAAAUUAAAAUACGAUAUACGAAAGGAGAAUCUAUGUCAUUCGACGUUAAACCGGCUCGGUAAGGUAAACCCUAUUAAGAGGACGGUUUUCAAUGUGAUCUUUACCAUCUCCCACGAGUCGAAUGUCAGAAAUAAGGAAAGAUAUUUUCGUCCGCUCGUAAAAGUCGAAGAGAACGGGGGUUUCUUUAGCGGUAUAGUCGAAGCAAUUUUGAUAAUCGCAAGGCUCGUGGUCAUAACGCUUGCCGCCAUUAUCUUGGCCACGGCUUUUUUAAUAAUACGACUGACAAACUCUGAAGUUUUUCCGGGUAUCCUGCGAAGAGUAAUUAUAUUCCUGGGUCCAACUUUUAUCAAAUUUGGUCAAUGGAUGUCGACAAGAAAGGAUCUAUUUCCUGAAAAUAUUUGUAAUUCUUUAACUCAGUUACAACGCAAUUCAUCAUGUCAUUCAUGGUUAUAUACAAAAAAUUUAUUCAAAGCAACGUAUGGACCAAAUUGGAGAGACGUUUUUGUCAAAUUCGAGGACGAAAUACCUAUCGGUUCGGGAUGUUGUGCCCAGGUUUACAAGGCGUGGGUCGAUCUUAACGUUCAUGCAGGAAGGAUACAAGAGUCCCGACUAUCGUGUUUCGUCGAAAUUAUCGAAUAUUUAAAUAUGGGACAUUUCUUCACCAUAUUGGAGAAAAUAUUUACUACUGACGAGUACGAAAAGAUCGAUCAAAUUGAUAGAAAAUUGCAGCCAGUUGCCGUUAAAGUCCUUCAUCCCGGCAUAAAAAAUCAAAUAAAGAGAGACUUGAAAAUAAUGCGAAUCUUUAGUAAACUCGCCACGUACGUCGUUCCGGAGUUACAUUGGCUGAGUCUAACCGAUUGUAUCGACGAAUUUUCAUUAAUUAUGGAACAGCAAGUCGACAUGAGAUUAGAAGCUGAUAAUUUGAUAAGGUUUACAAAUAAUUUUAUAAAAACGGAAAAAAUCGUUUUUCCACAUCCUUAUAUGGAAUUUACACGCAACCAAAUAUUGGUAGAAACUUUUCACGAAGGCUCACCAAUAUCCGAUUAUCUCGAUUACGAGGAUAACAAAGUGCAACAUAAAUUGGCGAAGCUCGGUAUCACGAUGAUUCUUAAAAUGGUAUUCAGCGAUAAUUUUAUACAUUGCGAUCUCCACCCGGGUAACAUUUUGGUUCAGGAAGUAAAGAAACCGAAAUCAACAUUUCUCGAUCCUUUUUUGAGCGUCAUUAGCUCUGAUUAUACGGAGAAUGAUCCAAGACUGGUAAUACUCGACUGUGGUUUGGUGGUAUCCUUGAAUAAUCGUUGUCGAAAACAUCUUCGUGAUAUCUUUCGAUCAGUAUUGAUGGGAAAUGUAUGUUUUUGUGAAUUUUUAUCGAAAAUAAUAUUUUAAGAUUAACAGAUAUAAAAUAAUCAACGAGUUUAUAUGACA